AAAGUGUGGAUGUUGGGUGUAUUUUUAGUUUACUCUUCAUACCUGGUCUAACGUUUGGGUGUGCUGGCCCAAAAUGUCUCCACAUGGUCCUGUAGCAUGUCAGAUCAUGAGCCUAAACCACAAAGAUGGACCAAACAACACUUAGGAGAAAAGGCAAAACAAGUCAUUUCUGAAGCCACUCCCAUAGUCGACUUUGAUUUUAUAUUUUUCAUAUAAAAUAACGUUUCCAUUCAGGGACAAAUUUAAACUAACUUUUAGACAUGACCCAGGUGCAAGACAUGAGGCAGAUUAGUGAGGGGCCUCAUGUCGUGAAGCUGCCUGUAAUGAGACAGGAAGUGAAUGCACAAAAUAAAACAAGAAGUACCAGAAAUACAAUAAAACCAGAAAGAAGACUGCAAAGCACUCAACCUGCAGAAUCACCCAUGAUACUCAGUACUCAAGUAGCCAUCUAAUCAGAUACUUUUUUACCCUUACUUGAGUAAUAAACCCUAUAUCAGGAAAAUAUUGUCCUCGGUUUGUGUUCCAGUGAGCUUUGCAGAUGUGGGAAAAUGUCAUCAGGCAGUAAUCACUGUUACAUUCAUAAUUAUUCUCGGAGAGAGACCAACUCUUAUCUGCCCCUGGGAGCCCCGUAAUGCAUAGCGUCAUUUCAACAUGGGGGUGUCUGCGACACGGUUUAUAUGCAGGUAGCGGCGCUGCGGCUGCUUUAUAUAGCGACUCGUUGCAUUCUCCCUCAACCCAAAUCCUCGGAUCACGCAUUUUAGCUAAAACGCUAACGUUAGCUUGCCUUGCGUUGACUGUAGAGUUGUGGGUGAUGGUCAAGCAGAUGUGUCAUGAGAUUUGAAGCGUAGCUGCCUUUCACAGACACAUUUUCUGCACGUGCUGCAAACAGGAUAGCCGUCUUCUAUAAACUGUCCCUCGGCAUUCUUCAAAUAUCCAAAAGAUGCCCGUACUUCCCACUUUGUCUUCUUUGAGGGAUAAAAAAGGUCCUCCUGAGCACUGCCGUCUCCUCCUUUGGCCAUUAUUUCAGCUUUAGCUUCAAGAAAGUUUUGGUUGUAAACAACAAAGCGUGCAUGUGCUGCCGGUGUUGUGCCAUAAAUCGACUCGUUGCCAAAAACUGAUUAGCCACCGCGGGAUCGCGCACGGUUAGGGUAAUUGCAUUUCUAGACGAAAUUCCCCGGGAUUUCGCCCUAAAACUCAGCAUAUCUAGCAAUAUGGACAUUCAGAAAGCAGAGAUAACCUCUUCCGGUACUUAAACAGAUGUUUAUCGCGGAUAUUAGUUUUUCCAGUUCGGAAGUUGUUUUAAGUGUUGCUAUUUGUCUUAAACGUUCACAAUGAGGAUAUAUUAAUCUUUUUUGCAAUAUUUGCGAUUGAAAGACGGAUUGUGGUGGAAUAUGUCUUGGACCAAAACCGACCUCCAGGAGAACUCCUAGUGAAGGAAGACAAAAUCUGCCUAACUCGGGAAGACUUUUGGAGCCUGGGUUUGGAACAGUCCAUGGAAUCUACUAUUGGGAACGCUUGUCUGAAGAUUGUGGGGGAAGCUGCACAAAGACGUAAUCUGUCGUAAUGGGAAAAGAUGUUCACAUUGCUGACCUCUAUGUCGUGGCCACCUGGAGGGAUCCACAAGUCAACCUGCUGCGUUGCUUGCCGGUAUGUUUUUGUUGGUUUUACUCCUGCAUGUUUAUGUUUACUAAUUUGUACCAAUACAUGUAGGAAAACUUUAGGUCCAAGGACAUCCUGCUUUUUCCUGCUUGGAGUCGGCAGGCAGGUGAAGCUGACCAUUAUCUGCUCUGUGAGAGUCGCAGCCUUCAUUGACUCUGGAUUCUGGAAGGAGAAAACAGGAAGAGACCUUGAGUUCUUUCCCCAGCAGUUCAUGGGAAAUUGCUGCGGCACCUUUAUGCUGAUGUAUGCUCUCUGCAUCUGCACCUCAUCCCCACCAUCUUUCACAGAGGAGGAAAUGCCAGCAAUUCGCCUGUGGUGGUGUAUUCAGCUGAUGGAGAGAUUCGGCAUUGAGGGGUAUGGCAGGCACUUUAGACAAACUGGCACCAUCAUAUUUGCAGCUUUGGUUCAGGCAAGACAUCAGGCAUGGACAAAGAUUUGCCUUCUGGACAGAAGAAGCAUCCCUUCUCCUCCAGGGAACUCUCCAGCCUGUCUUCAGGGUACCAAAGGCAACCUCCUCCAAGUCUAAUCAGACCGGUGAGAGAGGACAACAAUCAGAUAACUAUUUGUAGGACAGAACCACACAAUGUUGAGACUAUUCAUCACAAUGCAGAUUUACAUACAUGGUGGUAAUCUUCAUUUCAGUCUAAUGCGGGGGUCGGCAACCCGCGGCUCUGGAGCCGCAUGCGGCUCUUCCAUCCAUCUGAUGCGGCUCUCUGUGCUUGUAAAAUAACGAACGGAUAUUUAAAUAAAAUGCUUUAUAUUUUACUGCA